GCUUUCGCCUUCGAUAACCAACACUUCCCUCUCGUGCAUUCUCCGCGAAUCCAAGGCAAGAAGAAAGAACAAUUCUAGGGUUUCCCCCUUCUCCCCCUAAUCGAGUUCGGAAGCCAUAAUUGCUUCGAUUAUGGUUCCCCCGGGCUAGUCACCGAUCGGCUGCGGCCGCUGUUCCGAGACGACGGAUUCGCCCUCCAUUGCUUCCCGGAAAGGGACCUUGGUAUAGAAUUCGUAAAGUAGAAGGCUUACAGUAAGAUGUUUGGCCAAGGGAACUAUGGUCAGUAUCCACAUGGGCUUCCCACCCAGCGGCCGCCUUCAUUUCAGCCAGCUCCUCCUGGGCUUCCACCUCCGGUGAUCCAUCACACCCCCCCACCUCAUCCACAGAGCCAACAGACUCCACCAUGCCCUCCUCCCGUUCCUUAUCAGCUUGGACCACCUGCUCCCUUGGCUCCACAGCCGAGAAACAUUCCCCCUCCUGCACCAGGCAACAUGGGCCAGCCUUAUAGGCAUCCAAUUCCUCCGCCCUAUGCCCCGCCACGCCCUUUCUAUCCUCCACCUAUGUUAAGUCAUGGAGGUACUCAUGUUCCACCAUCCAUGCCACCUCCUCCAAGAGUGUAUCCACCGCUGCCACCUCCCCCUUCACAAGAUUUAUACAGAACUCCUCCACCUCCACCUCCUAGUACUCAUCAUGUACCUACCCCUCCACCUCCUAGCAUUCAACAUGUACCUGCCCCUCCACCUCCUUACCCAGCUAGGUUUGCUUCGAUAACUCCUGCUCCAUUCUCAUCAUCUGCUAGCAUGACUGCUGAAAAUGUCGAACCCCCUUCUCUCCCUCCUCCUCCGCCUCCCCCUCCUCCAUCUUCUCCUCCACCAAUUCCUCCAUCACCUCCUCCAGUGGCAUUCCCAUUUAUGGACAAUGCAGUCGUUUCCAAUGCUAUUACGACACAAGGAGACCUUCAAGAGCAUGUUGCUGUCGAUGCAAAAGUUUCUCCUGCUCAGACAGUUGACCUUGAAUUUGUGCAUGGCACAUUUCCCACUGUUGAGGCUUUUAGUGCUGAAAAGAAGAUUUCUUGGACUGGGGAAUCAUCUCGAGAACUUCCAUCACCACCACCAAAACCAAUUGAACAAGUUGUCCGGAAUAUUGAGGUGCUGUGCCAGUUUAUAGCAAAGAUAGGACCAAAAUUUGAGAAUAUGGCUCGUGAGAAGGAGGUUGGAAAUCCACGUUUUGCUUUUUUGUAUGGAGGUCAACCUGGAAGUGAUGCUGCUAUUGGAUAUGAGUAUUUCCAGUGGAUGAAGAAGAAAUGCUGCUUGCAAAUGGAGCAAAGCAAAGAACCAGAGAAAAUUUGUGCAUCAUUUAAGCCAUCAGAAGAGGCCUUUUCCGAAUCUGUUUAUGCACACAGUGAGGCUGCAAUCAGUUCACCAGCUUCAUCAGACAUGGAUAUGGAGGAUGAUGAUGGCCCACCUAAUAGUGAGAGUGGUCACAACAAAUUGGUCAAAGAAUUAGUUGAAGACUCUACACAUGUUGCUGAUGAUGGACAUGGUGGUGAGCUAUCACGUGCAUUUUGCAUUACAAAAGAGCAGCUCACUUCUAAAGAAGAUGUGAGCUCAAUCAGGUCGUCUCCUGGCGUUGCUGAGUGUUCUGAAGAUGCUGAUGUGCCCAAAUCUGCUACACGGUUGUAUGAAGAUGCAAGCCUAGUUAAUGUUCAGUCUGCUGCUGCCAAUGGCAAAAAUAUUGAAGUUCCAAAAGUCUUCAUCAAAGAUGAUAGUCCAUUCCGGCUUAUUCAGGGAUAUGCUUCUGAUGAUAGUGGAGAAGAGGUUAGCAGGAAUUACAAUGACAUGAGUCAAAAAGACUCUAGCAUGACUACAGAUAAGAAGCUUGAGUUGUGUUUAACUCCUAGCUGCAAGAAUGAUCCAACUGUUGAUACCAGAUCUAGUAAUCAAGCUGAUUCAAAAACUUCUCCCAGCAUUCCGAAAGGAGCUCAUUUUGGUCAUUUAUCUCUGGAGAAAUCUGCAUCACCAAAUGUUGUUUAUUGUAGUACUAGCACUACUGAAGAAAGUUUGGAUGAUGAAAUAAGAAAUCUUGAGCCCUCUAAGGAUCAUGGUAUCAUUCAGUCCUAUGAUGUUGAUGUUGACCAAGUUGGAAAGAAUCAUUCCGAGGAUGCAAAGCAGGAGUCUAGUAAGCCAAAUCUCGAUGAGUUUGGGCGGCUGGUAAGAGAAGGUGUUAGUGAUAGUGAUUCUGAUGGCAUGCAAUGUAGUGAAAAGUGUGACAGAGGUAGGAGUUCAAGUCGUAGUUGGUCGCCUCAGGAAAGAAGACAUAGAUGGAGGAAUUAUAGUCCUGGUCGGAGGUACAACCGGAACCGUUCACGCAGCCGCUCUCCUAGGUGUAAGGCAUCCAAGGCUUAUAGGCAUCCCAACUCAUCGGCAAGACAGGAGAGGGUUCAACCUCCUGAGUGUUUCAGCUUUGUUCAAGGCAGAUGUUUUCGUGGAGCAUCUUGUCGGUUUUUCCAUCCUGAUAUUGGUCGGAACAGGACGAUGCAGAAAUCUUAUAAGGACCCUAGACAAGAUUGGCGCAAAUUGGAUGUGCAGGGUGAAGUUUUAUAUUCUGAGAGUAGCCAUUUUUCAUCAAAAAUGUAUGGUAAGGAGUUCAAAAACCUUCAGCAGGAGAACACAGUGCAAUCUAAUAGUGAACUUGCUGAAUCUGGUGGCAAGACUACCAAGGAUGGAGUUGGUGAAAAGAAGGUUGCACUUGGUUGUGGCAUAGAUAAUCCUAUAUCAAGGGUGGGGGAGGAUGACAUCAAACAAGAGGAUAGUUUUCUGGUCUUCAGCAAUAUGAAAAACCAAUUAAAGGGCAUGCAACAGGUGGAAAAAUUUCCAGAAGCACAUAACCUUGGUCGUGGAAGGGAGGCAGAAAGACUGGUUGAAUCAGAUGAUCCUAAGCCAGCAAAGAGCUUGACAGUUCAGUCUUCACCUGCUGGUGAAUCUGAAGGGCUUAUUGAAACUGUUCUGGAACAACAUAACCAAGGUCACUUGUCACAAAGUCCACUGGAUCAAUCACUUGCAAAUUACAGCACUGAAAGCCCAAUCUCUACUCCUCAGAAAAAGCUUCAAAUGUCCACACUUUCAGCCACAGAUAACAACCCUCAGCUGCAACCUCCUGAAGUCCAGGGACGAGCCCCCUCCCUGAUUUUUGCUGAUAAUAUGAGUGCACCACUGCCUAAACAGCAACCUUCAGAGAAUCUCCUGCCGCCUGGUAUAGUCUAUCACUCACAGUGUUCUCAAACAGAUAUGCUUUAUCCGAAUCUGAGGCAAACAGCUAGUGAACCUCAUUCUCAAAGUAUUCAUACUCCAAAUGCCAUGCAAUCAGAUUUUCCUGUGCCACCACUUUCACAUGAGAAGAAGUCGCCCAUAAGGCCUUCUGUUACUGUGGAAGAGUAUUCUCAAUUACAUUUCCAUCAAAAUACAGUGCCACCUAGGAAUGAUGUUGCUCAGCCUUCAUCAGAGCCUCAUCUGCUAGGGGGUCGUACUUGUCCGCAACCAAAUGACUUUACUCGACCAUUGUAUUCAGCUGAGACAUCUCAUCAGCCUCCAUUGCUCAUGGUUGAACAUAAGAGCUUUCCCAUGGUCAUUCAGCAGGACCGACCACUUGCUGAAGACGACUGUUUUCCAGGCCUUCCUAAACGUGAAGGUCCUCAAAUCUCUGAUCUGUAUCAUAGAGAAUAUCGCAUGCCUCAUCAAUCAUUUGUGCAUGAAGAUCUUCGAGUUCCAUUACCAGGCCAUAUCGCUGUCUCUUUUUCUCAUGGAAGUAAUAUGCCUCCUCAGUCUCUACAUUUGCCCAGGGAAUCAUUGUCUAGUGCACAAUCUUUACCAGGAGAUCUUUUGCGACCAAGUUUUCUCCCCAGGAAAGAAUAUCCUUAUGUCAAGGAACUGCCUUAUUCAAAUCAUCAAACUUCUUUUGCUCAGCAAUACCAUACAAGCAGUAGUUUUAUCUCAACUCUUGGUGGUCCUGGCACGGUUGAUUCCUCUAUCCCAAAAUUUCCACCAGAAAGUGAUCUUCCAUCCCAAAUGUCUGGCAUCAGUAUACCUAAAACAUCGAUCUCAAUGCACUACAACCCAUUUGCAUCAACUUUCGAACAUGGACCUGCAGCUUCGAAGUUUGGCUUUGGUGUUCCUGGACGAGGAAAUGGUACAGAUUAUAGUAUCAAAUAUGAGUCUUCCUUGAGUUCAAGUCAUGGUUCAGUUGGUGGCAUUGGUUCAAGAAUAAUGGCUUCACCAUCCAAUUUCAGAAUAUCUGAAGAUCAAUUUUUGCCAAAAAUUGGUGGUUUUGCUCUUGAAACCCCUAAAGCUGAUUUGCAAAAGCAAUUCAUUAAGGAACCUACAGCAGGUGCCUUGUAUGAUCCUUUGUUUGACAGCAUUGAGCCAUCUUCUGGUACACUCAAGGUAGUUCAUGUCCAAAAGCAAGGGAAACCUUCUAUCGAUGAUGGUCCAUUAUCAAAAUUCAGUAGCUUGUCCAGGCCUUUGGAUGUUGCACGUAAUAGCGAGCAGAAAGAUGGUGUGGGUAAUGAACUGAAAUCAGAAGUUGAUGACUUUGAUGAGGUGACAACUGAUGCUGAAGUGGGGGUUGUGGAGAAUGAAAGUCCCCAACUAAUUGAUGGAAAAGACUGGAGCCCUGACAUGCCUGCUGAAGUAGGGAACAGUGGUGCUGGGGAAAUUGAGAUUGAUCAGGUUCAAUCAACUGGGAAGAGUAAGAAAACCAAAGAUUCAAGAUCAAUGAAGCUUUUUAAGGUUGCGCUUGCAGAGUUUGUCAAGGAAGUUUUGAAGCCAUCAUGGCGACAAGGAAAUAUGAGCAAAGAAGCAUUUAAGACUAUUGUGAAGAAGACUGUGGAUAAAGUAUCUGGAUCCGUGCCAAGCCAUCAGAUCCCGAAAACACAAGCAAAGAUCAAUCAGUAUGUUGAAUCGUCACAGAGAAAGCUGACCAAGCUGGUUAUGGGGUAUGUUGACAAGUACGUUAAGAUGUAGAUGUCCACCAUUUACCAUGGUUCACAAUUUGUCCACCAUUUACCAUGGUUCACAAUUUGAGCCGAUUCAGGUUCCCUUGGAGGAUCCCAAGCAGAGCACUGCUGCUGCAAGAAAAAGAUAGGGCAAGAUGUUGGGGUCUUUAACGUCCGAGAAACUGGAUGCUAGUGUGCUUCUCAAGGAGUAGCUGUUUCAUACAGCUCUGGAUUUCUGAAGAAUUGGCAAAUUCCACCUAGCAACAGUGUAUGUAUUUUCAUAUAUUGCUUCUUGUGCCUGGUCAUCGAUUUCUAGAUAUUUGGUUUGUAAAAUGCUUCCAUAGUUAAUCGGCUUAACAUUUGUUACAUUUCUCACUCUUGUGAGAAGCUGCAGUAUCUAACCUUCAGUAGGGCUGAAUCCGAAUGAUAGGCACACACUUGUGGUCUUGUAAUCAAUAGUAUGCUAAUUCAAUUUUUGGUAACUGAGUUUAGUCA